AUGGUCUUCCGUCUGCCGUCCACAGGUUUAUUUCACUGUCUCCUCGUAGCGCUUCUCGUACCUGGACUGAACACCACAUUCGCCUACGAGGAUUCAAACGGUUCCGGUACAGAAACAGCGCUUAAAUGUGUUUCGGCGUCAUUUGCUAAUGACUCUACCGCCUCUAGUCUGGACAAUGUCACGAAACAAUUAUCACCUGUUAUUCGGUUCAUCGGUGUUUGUCCCGGACAGCCAGCUUCAGUGGGUGUUAUUUUGGAAAUGCGUGCUCAAUUCCGUCUUCAGUUCACCACAAUAUUUGGCGAGGAGAGGUGCGUGACUGUCAGUCUCCGCGCAAAGCCAAGCGGCCCGGAACUCCAGGCCAUACCGAGGAACAGAACAAAUAUGACAUUUUCAGUCUCAAGGUCAGCCAAAAGGGAGGCAGAGAACAAAAGUAGGAAGAAACUGGACCACAGGAAUGUCAGCUUUGAGCAUCUAAAAAUGUUCACUGAGAUCCCUCUCGACCGAUGUUCAAACACAUCCCGAACUCUGAGCCUCAAUCUUGACGUUUUGACGGAGAAUGUGAAUAAUAGUGCCCUCGAGCCCUGGCUUUCGGAGUUUACUUGGAAAAGAACACCAGAACAUUACGAAGUUGGUGAAGUUGGUUGGAGCAGUGUCGGGGCGCUUCCUGGGACACUCUCCGGAACCUAUAGUCUCACAGAUGUUAGGCUAUUUCUCAACCUGCAUAAUCAACGGGAGCUGAAGCUGAUCAACCCUAAACUAGCUCUAGGCGUGAAGACGUAG